AUGGCAUCUAAUAGAUAUACAAAUAAAAUAACCCACGUAUUAAGUUUACGUUUCAAUCAAGAUUCAAGCUGUUUUAUUUGUGCUACAUAUGAUGGUAUCCAUGUUUUUAAUGUUGAACCACUUGCUCAAAAAUGUUAUCUUGACAUUGGUCCUACUACGUAUGCCGAAAUGCUUUAUCGUACGAAUUUAAUUGCUUAUGUACGAGCAGAUCAUGCUACUGGAUUACCAUCGCAUGUUGUCAAUAUCUAUGAUGACCAACGUAAAGCCCAUGUACUUGAACUUAGCUUUCAAUCAUCGGUUACUUCUAUACGAAUAUCUCGAGCAAGACUAGUGGUGAUACUUUUGAACAAAAUUCAUAUUUUUUCUUUUCCUUCGAAAUGUCGUCUUUUACAUACAAUUCAUACAAGAGAAAAUCCAAGAGGUCUUUGUGAAUUAUCGAAUAAUAAUGAAUCAUUUAUUGUUUUUCCUUCUAAUGCAAAACCUACAGGCGGUCUUAUUCAAAUAUUAGUAAGCAUAGAAAAAAACUUAUUAUGA